AUGGGGGCAAUUGCGCACAAAAAAGAGCCCGAUCAGAUGAAGGGCUCAUGGAUCCCUGAAGAGGAUGAACUGUUACGGAGCCUCGUUGAGAAACACGGCCCGAGGAACUGGACCUUGAUCAGCGAAUCCAUUCCGGGGAGAUCCGGCAAAUCAUGCCGGCUCCGGUGGUGCAAUCAGCUGUCGCCGGAGGUGGAGCAUCAUCCCUUUACGCCGGAGGAGGACAAGACGAUUGUUCGGGCCCAAGAAAAGCUCGGGAACAAGUGGGCUGACAUAGCCCGUUUGCUCCCCGGUCGGACGGAUAACGCUGUAAAGAACCACUGGAACUCCAAUCUUAAACGGCGGCGCUCGGCCGGUUUCAAUUCGGAAACACGUCUGCCGCCCCGUAAAAGAUCAGCUAGCGUUGCCCCGGCGAAAAGUGGAUCCGACUUGAAUGACUCGGGCCUAUCAAGUUGUUUCAGAUCAAGCGUACCCUUUGCACGGGUCGCUGGGAUAUCCGCUCCUAUUCAACAAAUCGAAACGCCGGCGUCAAAUCUAACUUCAAUGCAUCCAAUGGAUCCACUCACAUCUUUAACCCUUUCCCUACCCGGAUCAAGCUCCGGACCUAGCCCGACCCGGAACCACAUUUCUACAGAAACCCGUGCCUCUGUAUUUGGUUCGGGGCAAGGCAAAAAUGGUUUAUCGGUUCUGGCAGGAGAAAGACAGUUGUUAAGUCCAGAGUUGACGGAGGUUUUGCGGGAAAUGAUAAGGAAGGAGGUGAGGAGUUACAUGUCCGAGGCAAUGGUGAAUCUCUCAAGUAAAACACUAAAAUCGAACCUAUCUGAGUAA